AUGCCCGUAAAGUACCUAAUCACGGGCGCGACCGGAGGUCUCGGUGGGCAGAUUCUUCGCUAUCUUGUUGCAAAUGUCUCGCCCUCGGAUUUUGCUGCUGCGUCCUCCAAAGCUGCUAACAGGAGUUCGUUCGAGGAUCGUGGGAUAGCAUUUCGCCACAUCAACUACAAGGAUCAAAAAUCGUUGGACCAAGGCUUGGAGGAUGUCGAGAAUCUACUCAUGGUCAGUUCCUACGGCACAGACCGAUUGGAACAGCACACAAGAGUUGUAGCCGCUGCAAAGAAGGCAGGAGUGAAGCAUAUAUGGUAUACAUCCCUUGCUUUUGGAGGUCUCGAGGACAACGCGAAGUCGCCCCCACAAGAAGACCAUAUUCUGACAGAGAGACUGCUCAAAGAGUCCGGUGUGACAUUCACGUCCAUUAGGGAAGGAGCAUACGCAGAGGCUUUCCCUUUCUUCCUGGACUGGUAUCCUGAUACGACUGAGGUUGUCCUUCCCGCCGAUGGACAUGCAGCAUAUACCUCUCGGACUGACCUGGGCGAGGCUUCCGCCCGUAUUAUGAUCAGUGGAGGUUAUGAGAAUCAGGUUGUGCUGUUUACUGCCCUGGCGACCAUCACCGCUAAAGAGAUGGUUGAUGUCAUCAACGAGACAACGGAUCGUCGAGUCCAAUUUCGGAUCGUUGAUCGCGAUAAUUUCCUUCGCAGAAAAUUGUUGCAGCAUGAAGGAACUGGAAAAGGUAAAGAGUAUUUCGAAACGGUUGCCAUCGUGUGGGAUGAUAUCGUCGCCGGAGCGUUGUCCACGACGCAUCCGUUGAUGGGCGAGAUUCUCGGAAGAGAGCCUAUCAGCCCACGCGAGGCUAUCAGAGCAUUGUUGUCAGAGAAGAGGGACUACACUUAUCUGUAA